AUGGAAUUUUUUGGACUUACUCUAUUUGGACCGCAAAAUUACAUAAAAUACACUUUAAGAAGUGACUACAAAGAACCAGAAUCUAAAGAAGAAGCAGAUUGUUUCAUACAGAAAAUAAAAAAAGAUUUAAAUGCUCAAGGAAAAAAUGUUGAUGACAUCGAUGUUAUAAGAUUAAUCGACUGUUAUAUUGGAAGAGUCAAUGGAUUUGCGUAUGGGUCGUCCCAAAGAUUCACAAAAAUGAAACGCAAAGGUGUUAUAAAGCCUGUUGGUCCAGCAGAUAUGUAUAGAAUUCCUACCACAACUUCCAUUGAUUAUGGGUGGUGGCAGCACGACCCAGCUUUAUUAACCACUUCGUGGUAUAUUACAGACCCGCGACGCCCUCAACCAUCUUCUCCAAAUACCCUUAUUCUAGAUAUUGCUCGUAAAAAUAAUAAGUAUGCUACAUUGUUUUAA